AUGCGGGCCCCACGCUUGAUCACCACAGCUUCCGCGCUGGUCAUGGCGCUGGCCAGCACCGAUUACAGCAUUCACACAAAUCUGUCUGUGUCUCUGCCGUUGGAAUAUACGUCGGCCCCGACCGGUGAGGUCGUCAAGGAGAACACGGAGCUUCGAAUUCUUUGUGUCGGCGAUUCGAUUACUGUCGGUGACGGGAGCAGCGAUUGGAAUGGCUACAGGGGCGAGUUGAAGGCGCUCUUGUCUGAAAGUAAUGAACUUUUCUUCGCCGGUGAUCAGCAGAGGGGGACUCUUCCAGAUGGAUACUUUACGAUUCAGUACAUGGACGAACACGUUGGGCCGUCGCUCGAACAGCGCCCGAACAUCAUCCUACUGCAUGCCGGCACCAACGACAUGAGCGCGCGGCCCGAACGCUCUGUUCAGGGCAAUGAUCCCACGGGAGCCGCGAACAGACUCGGCGUGCUGAUCGACCAGAUGGCCAAGGCUUGCCCUGACGCUGUCAUCAUCGUCGCCAUCAUCAUUAGCUCAUGCGACGAGGAGAGACGAGAGCGCGAGAGCAAAUUUCAGUCGCUCAUCCCCGGUGUCGUCAAGGAGCGCAUCGACACCGGCAAGCAUGUCCUGGUCGCAGACUUUACGACUAUAACAGGCGACUACCUCCGUAAGGACUGCAUCCAUCCCAACAAUAACGGCUACAAGGAAAUGGGACGAUACUGGUAUGAUUUCCUCACACAGGUGCCCAAGUCUUGGAUCCAGGCGCCGAUAGGGGGCGACCCGGAGCAACCCGAGCGGGGGCCUCUUGUAGGUCCUCCGACGGAUCCUGACGAUGAGGAUCAUAAAGACGGCGCCGGCAGUUUCGGCACCCAGCUCGGAUUCUUGACUGGUCUGGCCUCGAUGGUGGUGUUUUGGCAUACUGUAUUUUGA